GCGCUUCAAUAACCCCAUCUCUAAAUUACGCCUUCUUCUUCUUCAAAUCCACUAACAGUAAUUGCCUCCCUUCAAAUCAAUGGCAAUGGCGAAGGAUUAGACAAAAAUUAAAAAAAACCCUCUCUUCUUCUUCUUCAAAUCGAAGGCUUAAAGCUUCAAUCUUUUCGCUUUUCUCUUCAAUGUUUUCCACUCCGUUCAUUCUCUCCUUUUCUCUCCUGCUUUUCAUCCCGAUUCUCUUCUUCUUGUUAGGCUCGAGUUUGAAUCCCCAGCCUUCGCCGCCCAUUUCCGCCUCCGAUGAACACGACGAUCUCCGUCUCUUCCACCGCGCCACCGUCUCUCCCUCCGCCUCGUCCCACCUCUCCUCCUCCUCCUCCCCUAAAAUCGCUUUCCUUUUCUUGACCAACACCGACCUCCAUUUCCUCCCCCUUUGGAACCGUUUCUUUGGACACGCUAAAACUUCUCUUUUCAACGUGUACGUCCACGCCGACCCCAUCGUCAACGUGACUCGGCCUCCGCUCGGCACCGUUUUCGGCGACCGCUUCAUCCCAAAUGCCAAACGCACUUUCCGGUCUUCGGCCACGCUAAUCUCCGCCACUCGUCGCCUCCUUGCAACUGCCAUACUCGACGAUCCCGCCAAUGAAUACUUCGCCGUCGUCUCGCAGUAUUGCAUCCCUCUCCAUUCCUUCAAUUACAUCUACCGCUCCCUCUUCACCUCCAAAAAUUUCGAUCGGACCUCCAAAUCUGAUCCCGACUCGUCCGGUUUUAUUCAGUACGGUAUCCUCAAGCACAAGUCCUACAUCGAGAUCAUUUCCGAGGAACCCAGACUGUGGAAGAGGUAUGCGGCGCGUGGGCGGUUCGUGAUGAUGCCGGAGGUGCCUUUCGAGGAGUUCCGAGCUGGAUCUCAGUUCUUCGUGUUGACUCGGAAAGACGCGUUGUUGGUGCUAAAAGACAGGACGCUUUGGAGGAAAUUUAAGCUGCCGUGUUUCCGAGCGGAUGAGUGUUAUCCGGAGGAGCAUUAUUUCCCGACCUUGUUAUCAAUGCAAGAUCCAAAUGGGGUGACCGGCUAUACUUUGACUCGGGUUAAUUGGACCGGAACCGUAGAAGGGCACCCGCAUAUGUUUAAGCCGAAAGAAGUAACCCCCGAGUUGAUUCAUGAGUUGAGGAAGUCGAAUUAUUCGAGUUCUUACUUGUUUGCUCGGAAGUUUUCGCCUGAUUGUUUGAGACCCUUGAUGCAUAUUGCUGAUUCUCUCAUUUUCAGAGAUUGAGAUUCUUCCUGGUGAAGACCUUUUUUUUUCCUGUUCUUUUUGAAGGAUGUAUGUAGCUUGGAGCACAAGUUGGAGAGGGGAAUAUGGCUUUGGAGAGGCAUAAAAGUGUCCACAUCCAAAGUUAUAACCCCAAAAUUUCCAGCAUUGUUUGAAUGGUCUAAAAGAGGGCUAAUGCUUUUGAUAAAGUUGUAAUUUGAUGGUGUAAGAGUAGGCAACAGCAUAACUAGGUUUUGUCAUUUUCUUGUGUCUGUGUGAUUUGUACAUAUCAUGGAAUACAGCAAUCAAAUUCUGUCCUUGAGGCGAAAAGAAAGCAUGGCUAAGUUAGACCAGUGCUGGCUCUUAUAGUUCGA